CUCAAGCAAUCCCUUGGGCCCAAGCCACCUCAGCACACAGCCAUCGUUGGAUAGGAUCCCAGAACCCCUCAUCAUGCCGGGGCCCGAGCGACUCCUCAUCCGCGGGGGUCGCGUGGUCAACGACGACUUCUCGCAGGUGGCAGACGUGCUGGUGGAGGAUGGCGCGGUGCGGGCGAUCGGGCGAGACCUGCGGCCGCCGGGGGACGCGAACUCGGGGCUGCGGGUCCUGGACGCGGCGGGCAAGCUCGUCCUGCCGGGAGGUAUCGACACGCACACGCACAUGCAGUUCCCCUUCAUGGGCUCGCGCUCCGUGGACGACUUCCACCAGGGCACCAAGGCUGCUUUGGCAGGAGGUACCACCAUGAUCCUUGACUUUGCCAUUCCUCAGAAAGGUGGCUCCCUCAUCGAGGCCUUUGAGACCUGGCGCAGCUGGGCUGACCCCAAAGUCUGCUGUGACUAUAGUCUGCAUGUGGCAGUGACAUGGUGGAGUGACCAGGUUAAAGAAGAAAUGAAAAUCUUGGCUCAAGAUAAAGGCGUUAACUCUUUCAAGAUGUUUAUGGCCUAUAAGGAUGUAUACAUGGUGCGAGACGAGGAGAUGUAUGCAGCCUUCUCUCGGUGCAAGGAAAUCGGGGCAAUUGCUCAAGUGCACGCAGAAAAUGGAGACUUGAUAGUAGAGGGAGCAAAGAAGAUGCUGGCGUUGGGAAUAACGGGUCCCGAGGGCCAUGAGCUGUGCCGUCCUGAAGCGGUGGAGGCGGAGGCCACGCUGAGAGCUGUCACCAUAGCCAGUGCCGUGAACUGCCCUCUCUACAUCGUGCACGUGAUGAGCAAAUCCGCGGCACAGGUGAUAGCAGAUGCCAGGAGAGAUGGAAAAGUGGUCUAUGGAGAACCCAUCGCAGCAAGUCUUGGCACUGAUGGCACACACUACUGGAGUAAAGAGUGGCACCACGCAGCUCAUCAUGUCAUGGGCCCACCACUGAGACCCGAUCCUUCAACACCUGGUUUUCUCAUGAAUCUGUUGGCUAAUGAUGAUCUGACCACAACAGGGACUGACCACUGCACUUUCAACACCUGCCAGAAAGCACUAGGGAAGGAUGACUUUACUAAGAUUCCCAACGGGGUGAAUGGUGUUGAGGACCGGAUGUCAGUGAUAUGGGAAAAAGGCGUGCAUAGUGGUAAAAUGGAUGAAAACCGAUUCGUAGCAGUUACCAGCACAAAUGCAGCUAAAAUCUUUAAUCUUUAUCCAAGAAAAGGAAGGAUAGCUGUAGGCUCAGAUGCUGACAUUGUGAUCUGGGACCCCAAAGCCACAAGGACUAUCUCAGCAAAGACCCAUCACCAGGCUGUUAAUUUCAACAUCUUUGAGGGUAUGGUUUGCCAUGGGGUGCCGCUUGUGACUAUUUCAAGAGGCAAAGUCGUGUAUGAAGCAGGAGUGUUCAAGGUCUCAGCAGGAGAUGGGAAGUUUAUUCCACGUAAACCAUUUGCUGACUAUAUCUACAAACGAAUCAAGCAGCGUGAUCAGACUUGCACUCCAACGCCAGUACAGCGGGCACCCUACAAAGGAGAGGUCACCACGCUGAAACCCAGAGAGACUAAAGAGGUUGCAGCUGGGACCCCGAAGCAGGGCCACUCCUGAUCCUGACACUGUGGGUAAAAAGUGAACAAAGGAUGCUGAAGUUCUCUCCUGGCGCAUGCUGUCAGCCCCUGGAGAAGCAGGCCUUAUUUCAACUCCCUGAGAUCCUUUAAGAAAAAUAAUCACUCUAGACCUCUUUGAUUUUCCCUCAGAAGCAAUUGCUGUCUUCCCCGCUCAGCCUUUAUUGCUGCAUAAGAUUGAAGAUAUAAAUGAAUAUUAUGGUGAUGGAAAGCGUGUGGAGACUCCUUGAUGAUACCUUAAAAUGUCAUCUCGGCUUACACUAGAUUUCUUUGUUGUUUAAAGGUUUUUAAUGACUACGUUUUUUUUUG